AUGAUGGUAACGAAAAGCAGAGUUUCAAGAAGUGAAGAUACCAUGUCUUUGAAAUUCGACAAAUCAAUUUUGCCAACAGUUAAAUCGCAAAUUUCCAAUAAAGAAUUGAUAAAUAGAUUGAUUGCUUUGCAUGAUGAAUUAUCUAAUAUCGAUGACUCAAGUGUGAAUUUGUCGAAUUACACAACUGACUUGGUCAACAAGAAAUUGCUUAGCCAUACAAGUAUGGGGGUUCAGGCUUACUUAUGUUGUUGUCUUUCUGAUAUUCUUCGUAUAUACGCUCCAAAUGCACCUUAUUCCGACCAGCAAUUGUCAGACGUGUUUAAACUUUUUUUCAAGCAGUUUUCAAGAUUAUCUGCUAAAAAAGAUGACCCAUUUUACCAGCAACAUGUUUAUCUUUUAAAAAGAUUAGCAGAAGCUAAAUCGACCAUUAUUAUAACUGAUUUACCUGAUCUGGAAUCACUAAUUGUCAGCAUAUUCACCACAUUUUAUAAUUUGGCAGCAAAAGGGUUCCCGGUAGAGCUUGAGACCAUAAUAACAGAUAUUUUGUCUGAGGUUUUGUCCGAAGCCGAAGUUGUUCCUCAUCAAAUAUUGCAAUUGAUCUUGCAAAAAUUUGCUAAUCACGACCCUAGUAAAUUAUUGCUGAAUAGUGGUAUAACAAGUCCUGAAUUCAAUUUUUCAUUGGCAAUUUGUGAAAACAAUAUUGACAGAAUGUCGCGUUUAGUGGCUCAGUAUUUUUCAGAAAUACUUUAUGAUAAUACCAAUCACAUCGAAGAGGAGGUGACUGAAGAUGAUAAAAGUAAACUGAACUCCAAAUUUGACACCAAAUUUUCACAGGCCAUGGAUAUUCUAAAGAAAGUCCACCAUUUGUCAAUCCAAUUGUGGAAGUUUAUUCCUAGCGUGUUAUCGUCGGUUAUGGCACUUAUAGAUGAUGAAUUAAAUGCUGACGACGAAAAAGUGAGAAUUUUGGCAACAGUCACAAUAGGGCAAAUGUUGGGCUCGCCAGUAUAUCUGUCAGCUUCAACCAACGUUAACUUUUUUGCCACUCAUAAACAAACAUGGAAUAAUUGGUUGAAGAAAACUUCAGACGUGUCUUCCAACGUGAGAAGCAAGUGGGUGCAACAAAUACCUAAUAUAAUUUGCUCAAACAACUAUACAACGACAGAGAUUAAUCAAAUGUUAUCGGCUUGUGUACACAAAUGUCUUGUUGAUACAGAAGAAAAAGUAAGAGAAGCUGCUUGUGUAUGUUUAAGUGAAAUUCCUUACCAACAUUUCAUAAACAAGAUAGCUACAACAGAGUUGAUAAACACGUUGUUUCAAUUGACAAGAGAAAAGCACGCUUCUAUUCGGAAGAUUUCAAUCAAAACUUUAGGUUCUUAUUAUGCUAGUUAUAUGAAAGUUGAAAAGAAUACACUGUCUGAAAUUGGCACUGAAUUAAAAGAUUCAAUUUUGAGUAUUCCAAACCAAAUAUUAUCAUUGGUAUAUAUCAAUAAUAAAGAAAUCACUACGUUGGUAGAUUUAGCUGUCUUUGAAGACAUGUUGCCAAUAUUAGAUUUGAAUCCCGAAAACCGUGUUGAAAGAUUGGUUCAGUUUUAUCGUGUUUUAGAUGCUAAGGGGAAAGAGGCGUUUGUUGCAAUUAAUAAGAGACAGCAACAAAUUUCAAAAGUAUUGUCUACAUAUAUUGAACUAUCCGAGGCAUAUAACAAGAGUAAUACAUUGGAAAAUAAAGAUAACAGUGGUACCGAUGAUAGCAAUGAGAUAAUUUUAAAGUUAGAUAAAAUUAUUGAGUGGUUAUAUGUAUCAUUUCCUGAAGGAUGGAACACUUCAUACUGCUUUGAAAGGUUUUAUAGAUUGAAUCGAGCUCGGUUUUUCCAUUUGGUUAAAGUUUGUAUUUCAUCAGAAUCUGAUCUCGCCACGGUUAAAAACUCAAUGAAGGAAUUACUCAACAAAUUAGCUGAUUCGAAAAAUAUCAGAAUCGAAAACGAAAGAAGCAUGGUAACCACUACUGAAAUGGCUGAAAACUUUAAACUUUUAUUGUUGAAAGCUUCACCUAUUUUUUACAAUCUUUCCAUUGUCGAAGGGUUAAUUAAAUAUUCAAAGGAAGGCGAAAAUGACUACUAUUCCUCCGCAAACGAAAUAUUGGAACAGAUCUCAUCCAUUAUUCCCGAUGUCUACAAAUCACAUUUGAGAGCAUUAUCGAAUUUGAUAAUUGAUAAAGGAGAGCAAACAACAAGCAAAUCCAAUGCCUUGAAAACGGUGUAUCAUUUUGUGAAAAAGUAUCCAGAUUUAUUCCCAAAAGAAUUUUCAUUCAUUGAAGCUUUAAAAAAUUUGGCAAUAAAUGGUACACCAGAAGAAGCAAAAUAUUCAAUUAAAAUAAUUGGAUUAAACGAUAAAAAAGAGGUCUACUGUGCGGGUAUUAUGGAUUCUAUUUAUCCAUUAGAUUUGGAAAGCACAAAGCUUUCCACAAACCUAAGCUCAAUGGCGGAAAUAUUUGUUGUUGACAGGUUGGCAAUUCUGGACAAGGAAAAUGAAUUGACACCACUUGUUAUUAAAGAAUUCUUUUUGAAAAAUAGAAACCUCGAUAAUCACAAUGUAACUGACAAUACAUGGAUUACCACUACUGAGUUGAACAGCCAUCCUACUUUAUAUGAAAAGUUGAUAGCCAUCAGAUUGUUGGUUAAUAAUUUAAAGAGUCUUGAUAAGGCAGAUUUGUCUGAAAGCGCAAAAGAAGAAGCAAAACAGAAAGCCUUACCAGUGAUCAAACUAUUGAUGUCAUUUAUUGGAAAUAAUGGUGAAAUAAUCAACAAGAAUGAUCCCUCUUGGCCCACUCCAGACUCGUAUAAACUGAGAUUAAGAUUGGCUGCUGGUUUAUACAUGUUGAAGUUAGCUAAAAUACCAAUUUAUAGUGAAACUAUGCUCCUGGCAAGUAUAAGGCGAUUAACUUUUUUGUUGAAUGAUGAAGAUUAUAACGUGAGAGCAAGAUUUCUUAAUAGUUUGCAGGCAAAGUUGGCAGAUGAAUUGAUAUCAGAAAAAUUUUUGGCAAUUGUGUUUUUCAGUGCUUUGGAACCAAAUUUUGAACUUAAAAAUGAUGCAACUAUGUGGAUUUCGGCAAUGUUUAAACGUCUGGAGUCUAAAAAGAACAUUAAAUUUGAGAAAUCAUUGGUUAGACUAAUACAUGUUCUAGCCCACCAUGAGCAGUUUUUGCUGUUGCUAAAAGACGGGAGUGAUGAAGAUAAAUUGGCUUCAUACAACUAUGCUUCCAGGUUAUUGAUUUUCUAUGUUCAGUUGAUUGCUACUCAGGAAAACAUUUCUUUAUUGUAUUAUUUUGCUAGUCGUGUUAAACAACAUCGUGACGCCACUAUAGCCACAGUGGAUUAUGAAGCCGAAAACCCAACUGAGCAGAUUUUGAAUUUGUACAGGAUGGCUGAGUUAGCACAAUUAGUGAUUAAGACGUAUGCUGAUGGCAAGAAUUGGCCAAUGCAAACAUGGCCCGGCAAACUCAAGUUGCCACUGGAUAUCUAUGCUCCGAUGGCAUCGUCGAAAGAAGCACAAGCCGUUGUUACUGAGAUCUAUAUACCUGAAAAACUUCAGGUUGAAUUACUUGCUAUGAUCAAUAAAAAAUUGCGUACUGGAAUUAUUGUCAAGAAGGUUGCCACAACAUCGGUUGCUCCUAGAGCUCGUUUGAAACGACCAAAGAAGGUAGGUAGAAUGGAACCUUCGAAAAGAAAGAAAAAACUGGUGGUUUCUGAAUCAGUUACCUUUGAACUGAGACGUAAAAGUUCUCGUAACACAAACAAAGUGAACUACAAAGAUCAACUUCUGUCCGAAGGUGAACUGGAAGGUGAGGAAAAAGAUCAUUUGCUUGACGAUGAAGUUGAUAGUGAGAAUGAUGAAAGUGAUGAAUUUGGUAUUUGA